AUGGGUUUAUACUUAAUUGACUAAAUUAGCAAUUAUCCCUGAGGCAGUCUCAUCUGCAAACCUACCGAUCAAAAUUUAUUUAAACAGCCAAAUAUAAGUAUAUCAAUUUCCAAAGUCUGGAGAAGACUAGUUGGGAAAAAAGUUAUAAGACUGCUCAUGCUAGGCCUUGAUGCAGCAGGUAAAACCACAAUUCUUUAUAAACUUCAGCUUGGCGAAGUAGCCGUGACAAUUCCGACAGUAGGGUUUAAUGUUGAACGUGUUGAAUACAAAAAUAUCUCUUUUAUUGUCUGAGACAUGGGCGGGCAAGAUAAGAUUCGUCCUUUAUGGAGAUAUUAUUACGAAAACAUUCAAGGAAUUAUUUUUGUUGUGGAUUCAAAUGACAGAGACAGGAUUGGGAUUGCCAGAGAAGAAAUCCAAAAAUUGGUUACUGAACCUCUAUUGAGAGACACUGUUAUAUUAGUGCUAGCUAAUAAGCAGGACUUGGAUAAUUCGAUGAAUGCAAGUGAGGUUGCUGAUAAGCUUUAUCUUCACUCAAUUAGAGGCAAAAAGUGAUGAAUUCAAAGCACCUGUGCGACUAGUGGGGAAGGAUUGUAUGAGGGGAUGAAUUGGCUGACAAAAGUGUUGACUGAGAAAAAGAAAACUUAA